AUGCUUGAAUGUCAUACACCUAUACAUCCAAUAGUGCCACAUUUACUAGAAAAUUUUGCGAGUAGUUGUAUUCCAUCAGAAACAUAUCCUCAUUUUAAUCAAUCAAUUGAUGAACAAUUUUUCCAGGAAAUAUUUUCUGGAGAAAUUUUUGAUGAUUCCAAACUUGUUAUUCGAAUACUUUCACUCGCUUUUCUUAUUGCUUUUACUUUCAAAUUGGAUUCGUCUUCAAAUAAGGAAGGAGGGACAAUUAAAACACCUAAAGCUUAUAGUCAAUCAUUAUGGAAAUCUAUUCCAAUUCGUUAUUUGUUAAUUGUGGCAGAUAUGAGACAUUCAGACUUUCAACACAUUAGACUGAUGUUACAGAGAUAUUUGGUAUUAAGCCUUCCCCAUCUACUUCCAGAGCAAAUACAUUUUGACUCGUUUAAAGGCCAAACUACACAUAUUUUUACUCGUGGAAAGAGAGGUAUCGUCCCCGUUUCUGAAUUCAAUUGUGCCUUGGAAGAUGCAACCAACGGACGUGGAUUCUUUAAACUUUCAAAAUUAACUGAUUUAUUGUUUAAUCUGCCAAUUCAGUCACAAAUGCCUCAUUUUGAAAAUAUUUUGCAAGCGAUGACUGUAUCGUUGGAUGAAGAGCGUUGGCCACGUGCAUUAGUAGAAAAAUUGGAACUUUUGUGGGAACGUUUUGAUAGCGUUCUCCCUCGCCGUCUACACGAAGAUACAAUCCGUUUAUGGCUCAAAUCUCCUCAAGCUUCACAAAUUCCAAAUUUAGAUGAUCGGGACAACGAUUUUAUUAUAUCGCAUACUCCAUUAAUUUUAUUCAGAGCGGACUCUCGUGUUUUUAAAAGUCCACCACAUUUAAAAUGUUUUUGCCGUUUAUUAGCUUUUUAUUUGGCUGCAAGUAGAGAUGCAAAUUAUCUUAAAUUAACGAGGGCAAUUGCUUAUAAUACGAAAAGUGAAAUGGCAGAAAAAGAAGAAUUACUUCGUUCAUUCAUUGGAACACAGCGUUUAGCUGUAGUUCAAGUAUUUAUUGAAUUGUGUGAUGGAAACCCCAAAGAUAUACCUAAUUUGGAAGAAAUUCAACAAAUUUUAUGUUCACAAAUACAUCAAUUUUUUAUUGCAGAUACUCAUUUGCCUAAAUUAGUUCAUUUUAAUAUGUACCCAUUAAGAUUAAUACCAGUUAUAGUCAAAAAAGUUCCUUCAACUCAUGUUUUAAUUAAUUCUAUAAAUGAACUUCUUACUGGAGGAAAUUUGGAAAGGCGUAUUUUUACUAUUGUUUUGAUGACUGAAUUGUUGGAAAAUUACAAAAUUCCACCGGCUUUUGCUGCCUUAACUCUAAUAUCUGAUUUAUUGGACACUUUAAUCUCAAAUAUUAUCAAUGAAGAAUUUAUUAUUUUAAUGUUAAAUAUAACAAAUUCAUUGGCACGUUUAAUAAUGCUUUCACCCUUCCAUGCAGAACAUUUUUUGGCAACAAUUUAUAGAACAAGAAAAUUAGCAUUAAAUAGGCUUGCAUUAUAUACAAGUUAUACAAAAGCUAGAAUAUCCCCGGAACAAAAAUUAAUUGAAAUGAUAGAUAAGGUUUUAGAAAAAUUACCUAAAUUACCUGAAUAA